AUGAGCGCCUUAGAUAGUGCCGCCCUUUUUGCAGACCGUGCUAAAGCUUUUGGCCUUUCAGAGAGCGUGCUAGAGAAACUCAAAGAUGCAAACCUGAACACUUUUGGCACUCUAGCGUUUGCAUCGCCCUAUCAACCUGGCCAGGCAGACGAAACACCUUUACUGCGAGCUUUUGAAGCAGCUUUAGGACGCAGCCCCACCACACAGGAGACGCCGCCUCUUCGACGUCUUUUCUUUGAGGCGCAUACAAUGGUUUUGUCAGAUCUUCGUACCAGAGUGGAGCGGACCGAAGGGGCUCCAGCCAGGAAAUUGCCAAUGGCCGAGCGCUCAGAGCGACUAGAAUUGCAGAAGCAGCGGCUCCCAGGGGUUGUGGUAACCAUGGAUCUAGAACCAAGCCAUCAUCUAGUCGACAAAGUUUUCCAACAACUGGAAGAUGGGUGUGUGUCUUGGUUACCUUGGAAUACACUUUCAUCCAGAGCGCAUGAAUCAGCCAGUGUCAAGCAGGCCUAUCAGUUGACCUUUGAUGCAUCAGGCAAUGUCAAGGCUUCCAAGAAAGAGGACGAUGCUGUCAUUUCUUUGACAGGUGACAUCCGUGUCCGCCAAGCCUUGACCCGCAGGGCCCUCGCCUAUGAUCUUGCGCAUUUGGUUGAUUUUACUGACCUUGAAAGUUGGAGCGAACAUCUUUUUGCAUGCAUGUUGCGGACUCCGCCGCCAGGGUUCCAGCAUACCAGCAUGAGCCAAGUGCAGGAGGCUGACAAGAAACUUUGGCAACUUGUGAGUGAGCGCACCCGAGGUGCGGUGGCCCAGCGCGCUGACGGGACCAAACCUGUUGGGCAGGCGAUCAAAGCACUUCUCGACUCGGUCGAGGUUCGUUAUUUGCUCCAACCGCUUCCUAAGCAACCGGUGCAGUCAGUGCGUGAUCCUCCCAAAGUCCUCAAGGACAAACUCAAAGAUCGGAACAAAGACAAAGAUCUCAAGCAGAAAGGUAGUGCAAUUUUGUCUUCCACUGCAAGUUUGCAUGGUUUCGAUGUUCUCGCAGUGGACCAUGAUCGCAAUGAGCACACUCCAAAGUAUCCUUUGUUGUUCUUAGACUUGACUGACAGGUCUGGUCAGGCAGCCUUGACUCACCUCCUGCAGGAUCCCACCUUUGUCUUUGAACACUUAGGUCCACCAUGCAGCACUGGGUCCCGUGCUCGGGAGAAGCCUGUCAAUCGUGGUUUGCGCAAACGCGGGGCUCCUGAGCCACCUGUUUUGCGGGAUGCCGACCACUUGCUAGGCCGUCCUAAUUUAAGCGCCACUAACCAGUUGAAAGUCGAGAAGGCUAAUGCCCUCUAUGAAUUCGUGGAGCAGCGCAUGCAUUUCUGCUAUCGCACAGGUCGGUACUUCGUCAUUGAGAACCCUACUCGAGCUUGGUUGUGGUCCAUCUUAGCUUUGUUAGUCAGCCGACGGUCCGACUCUCAGUACAGUGCCUGGUUCAACGCCUUGCUUGAUGUGGAUUUUCACAACUGUGAAUAUGGUGGCGGCACUCGUCCCAAGUCCACCCGCUUCAAAACCAAUUGUGUCCGCCUCCAACCGCUGGCCCGUGAGUGCACCCGCUCUCACACUCACGCGCCCUUUGCGGCGCGAUUAGGUACCAGUGGAUGGGUGUUUGACACGUCUCUUGAAGCAGAGUAUCCCUUAGACUUGUGUACGGCCUAUUGUCGCAUCCUGUGCCAGCAGUUCAAGCUUAGUCUGCCUCCCCCGUCGUCUGUCCGUGCUGCAGCUUUAGCUUUGCGCGGCAAGCAAGCUCCACGCUUCCAGUCCCUGAUUCCAGAGUUCCAUCGCAUUCGUGAUGUCACUUCCCUGGAUCACUUGGGUCCCCAUAAGGUUCUUGAUACGUUCAAUUUCACGGGGGCUGAGUGCGGGAACGUCAAAUAUAAGGUGGGCUUCUACCAUACCAUGAAUCAGUUUGUCAGAUUGGCAAAGAUGAUCAAACAUCCGACUGCAAGCCAGCGCCCCCUAGGUGAUGACCUUGUGUCCUUGCUCUUUCGCAACUUGAAGGAUGGACCUGCAGUAGUGGCGCUGCACAGGGCCAAGUUCCUUGCCAAGGUGGCGCAAAUGAAGAGUGAACUGAAAUUCGAAGAAGCCAGAUUUCAUGCGUCGCUUCCGCCCCACGCUAGAGAAGUUCUCAAGGGCAAAUCUUUGUUAGUGUGGCAACGGCUUUUGAAGGACCUGGAUUUCGAAGACCGCGGGGUUUUUGAGCUGAUGCUGGGGACGUCGUUGGUGGGAACUCCCUCUAAGUCACCCUUGUAUGCUGACAAGUCAGUUCCUGCUCAGACCACGCGAGAUUUGCUAAUCAAAUCCGCCGCGUGGCGUAAUCAAUCCCUGAUAGGCAAGGUUCCCCACCAGGAUGAACCACACCUAAGGCAAACCUUGUGGGAUGAGACCAUGAAAGAAAAGGAGAAAGGUUUUGUGAAAGGGCCGUUCGAGUCGCUGGAUGAAGUUCGUGCCUCUUUAGGUAUUGACCAUGAUGUGGUGGUGACCAGGAGGUUUGUGCUUCUGCAAGGCAGUGGCCCUACGCCCAAACCUAGGGUGAUAGAUGACGCCAAGGAAAGCAUGAUCAACUCUGCGUAUUCCGUGUUGGAGAUGCUGUCCUUGCAUGACCUUGACUUCAACGCGGCGCUAGCCUUGACCUUGGGGGGCCUGUUGUAUCCCAAGGGCCCCAUGACCGUUGAACUUCAGAAUGGCCAGGUUCUUGAAGGAAUGAUCCAUCCCUCCUUGGUUGGUGAUCUUUCGGUUUGGGGAAGAUGUCUUGAUCUUAGCAAAGCUUACAAGCAAGUGCCGAUAGCCUCAGACAGUUUGGGUCUAGCAGUCCCCGGUGACUUCAAAGCCUCGUUUCUUCACUACCCAGAGCAUGCCAUUUGGGUGCACUGCAUCAGUAUAUUCAUUUAA